GUUUAUCGUAUCGCAGUCAGUCGCCUCUGCCGUCAAACAAAAUAAAUAAAACAAAUUAGACAAUGGUGAAAACGAAAAAGUGCAACAUGGCCAAACUAUUAGUGAUCCUCGCGGUAGCCGCUUACGCCAGUGCCCAAACAUACUCCGCCUCGAAUCUAGUUAGGAACAUUUACGACGAAUGUUUGAGCCAGUAUUCGGUGGAAUGCGUGAAGCCAAGAGCCCUGCAGUGGAUUUCGCUGGUGGCCAACGAUGACGAGAUCAAGAUCACGGACAACCUUUCGAUUGUGAAGACGGCGACGGUAGAGGCUGACGCCAAUGUGGACCCUAGGAGUGCUAAAAACUCAGCUUUGGAUAUCGUGGAUCAAGUGGAUAGCUUCAUUCAAACUCAUGCGGUCAAAGUGAAAGUUCCUGAGGAGAUCUCGAACAGUGCUGCAUCGGAGUAUGUGCCAAGGUCCCUAUUGGUGGAUCUUCCCACUGAACUAAACAUGCCUUUGGAUGGCGAGGAAGAAGUUGAAGAGUUCGAGGGCAGGAAGAAGAAGAUCAAGCUCCCCAAACCUUUGAGGAUUAAGAGCAAACAUGGCUUCAUCAAGAAGGUGCUUCUGCCUUUCCUCCUCGGUUUGAAGUUCAAGGCUUCGGUUUUGGUUCCCCUGGCUCUCGCUCUCAUUGCCCUGAAGACCUGGAAGGCCCUCACCCUUGGUCUCAUCUCCCUUGUUUUAUCCGGUGCCAUGGUCAUCUUCAAGUUCACCAAACCUAAGGUUGUGAACUACGAAGUUAUCCACUACCCUCAACACCACGUGGAACACCAUGUCGAUCAUCACGCAGCAGCCUGGGACGCCCACGGCCCGUACCAAGCACGCUCCUACGAAGACGCCCACGAACUAGCUUACAACGCACAAAUGUAAAAAACAUAAUCCAAAGCUAUAAAAUGAUACGGACCUCGAAUUAAAUUAAAUUAUUUAUUUAUUUAUUG